AUGUACAAGAAAUCAUUCCACCGGAUGAAUGACUCAGGCGAGCUCAACGUGUUCGAGGCUGCACGAUAUUUCUCUGGUGGCACCAAUGAAGUUCCAAGUGCAACUUUUGCACAUAAGAUCAUCGGAGAAGACAGGCAGUCUGCAGUGAAAACUGCUCGAAGAAUGAGCCUAGACGUGCCCCCGACGAUGAUGUUGAGACAUUCACUUCCUUCGCAAAUGGAAAAGAAAAUGAAAGAGAAAAAGCAUAAAAAGCCAAGUUCUCCCGGUGGCAAACUUGCCCAUUUCUUGAAUUCUCUUUUCAAUCAAACAUCUUCCAAGAAGAAAUCUAAAUCUUCUACACAGUCUGUUAAGGAAAGUGAGGAAGAAAGCCCUGGUUGCAGAAGGAAAAGAAGAAGCAGCAUUAGUUUUUUUCACACAAUUACAAAUACUGCUGAUUCUAAGUCCAUUUAUUCAUCUUCAAGUUCUGGUUUUCGAACACCUCCACCUGCACCUUAUACGCGUAAUCCCACAAAAAGACACACAGAUUACGCUUUUUCCGAUGACAAAAUCAGAUUCAGCAAUGGAAUAUUUGAGAAGAACAAGAAUUCUAAUCUUGGAUAUUCAAAUAGGAGUAGGAAAAACUGGUCUGAACGUCAGUUUCCAUCAGAAGAGAAAGAAUUUAGAAAGAUCAAUGAUUUUGACGAUGGUGCGGAUAGUGAUUCAAGCUCUGAUCUGUUUGAUUUACCAAAUCAUGAUUUAUAUUACUACUCAAGUGGGCUACCUGUUUAUGAAACAACCCAUAUGAACAGCAUCAAGAGAGGUCCGCCAAUUUCCGGUGGCGCAAUAUAA